AUGCCUCCAGGACCAUUUCCCUACCCAUUCCUUGGAAACAUUCCACAAAUCAUCUCUGCAGAUCCCGUCAGACCAUUUAGUAAACUAGCUGAGAAAUAUGGAGACAUUCCAAAUGGCAACGCUGUCAUCUUGAAUACAGCAUCCCUAGUGCGUGAAGAAAAGCUUGCCCCCAGAAGACAAGAAGAUCUUAUGGGCAAAUCACCUGAGUCUUUCUAUCCUUUCGGGGAAAUAAUGGGUCAUAAUAUGGCCUCAUCUCAUUACUCACCCGCAUAUCUUUUUGAGAGGAAAGUUUUCGUAUCAGCAAUGCACAUUUUUGGCGCUGGGAUAGAGCGAGCCUCGGUCCGUGCAGGUCACGCUGUUGACAUCGCGAUGAAAGAAAUUGGAAAUAAACCUGGGAGAUCUUUUUCACCCAAGAAUCUUCUCGAAUUCGCCAUAUUUGUUCAACUUUUGGAAUGGCUUACAUCGAAGAAGAUAGCGCUGGAUGACCCAAUUUUGAAGGAACUCAACGAAUUUGCCGCGAUUAUGACCAGGCAAGCAUUACUUAAUACAAUGUAUGAGUUAUGUCCGUUCCUUUGUUACCUACCAACGCAAAUUUUCUCGGGAAAUAAAGCGAGCACAACAGAUUAG